UAUAAUCUCGUGUUUAAUUUAUUUCUUUACCCAAGUAUGGCUCCUGCGAAAAUAGUUUCUUUGUUGCUUAUUUUGUCCUGCUUUUGCUCUCCUCUAAUGGUGAAGGCUAAUCCUCUUCGAAUUUGCGGGUUCGACAAAAUAUUCCAAUUAGGCGAUUCGAUUUCUGACACCGGAAAUUUGAUUCGGGAGGUGCCGAUUGGUGCCUCGACUCCCUUCGCGCGCUUACCUUACGGCAAAGACUUCUACCGGACACCCACCGGCCGCUGCUCCAAUGGCCUUCUCAUGAUUGAUUUCAUAGCACGAGCUUCCGGGCUUCCUCUUCUUCACGCCUACAAGGACCCGAACGGCGAAUUCAGCCACGGUGUCAAUUUUGCGGUUGCAGGGUCCACUGCCUUGUCAUCCGACACGCUGGCCGCCAUGCGUGUAUUGUCUCCGGUGACAAGGAGCUCUCUCGACGUCCAGCUGGAUUGGCUGUCGACACAUCUGAACUCGACUUGCAGCAAUCAUGAAGAAUGUGUCGAGCGCGCGCUCUUCAUGGUUGGCGAAAUUGGUGGAAACGAUUACAAUUACGCGAUAUUUCAAGGGAAGUCAAUGGACGAGAUGAGGCAAAUGGUUCCUCAAGUGGUCAAAGCUAUUCUCGACGGUGUUCGGAGAACAAUUGAUUUGGGGGCAAAGAGAGUUGUUGUGCCGGGUAACUUCCCGACCGGCUGCCUUCCAAUUUACAAGACGGCCUUCCAAACGAACAAUUCGUCGGAUUACGAUAAUAACCUUUGCCUAAAGCAACUAAACGAGUUUGCAGUGUACCACAAUCGGGAGCUGCAAAACGGGAUUAACCGUAUGAUUCAAGAAGAAAAACCGAAUGCACUAAUCGUUUACGCUGAUUACUACAACGCUUACGAGUUCCUUCUACAUUUCGCCAAACAUCAUGGUCUCGAUUCGCAAAGGGCCUGCUGUGGGACGGGAGGUAAGUACAAUUUCAACAUGACGAGCAUGUGUGGGGCCCACGGAGUUCCUGUUUGUAGGAAUGCGAAUUGGUUUGUGAGUUGGGACGGGAUUCACUUGACGCAAGAGGGUUACGGGAUAAUGUCGGGAUGGUUGGUGCGCGAGUUGCUCGCCAAGCUCAAUUGCCUUCGGAGGCUGCCAUGAUUGGAUAGGUUCUAUAGGUUUAAGUUUUUUCUAGUUAAUUUGUUUUGAGUGUUCAUCUUAGGUUUUUGCUUUUCAUUCUAGUUAUAGGUUGAUGGAAUGAAGGAAAUAAAACAAAUUUGUUUUACUUUUUUUUUAGGAAAAAUUGGUCUUUUUUAUCUCUGUUUUUUCUUUUUUUCCUAUGAAUGAU